UUCACUUCCUGCAGUGUGGCGCUGUGGCGGUGUUGUGCUGCUGUUGGCUUGUAAACAUGGCUACUGCUGGAGCAGCUGGAGACGACCUGAGGAAAGAGCUCACAUGUGCGAUUUGUUUGGACUUCUUUAAAGACCCCGUCAUACUGAAGUGCGGGCACAAUUUCUGUCGUUUUUGUAUCUGCAUGCACUGGGAUGAAAAUGGCGGAGACUACGGUUACCAGUGUCCUCAGUGCCGAACCGUGUUCAACAAGAAGACCUUCACCAAAAACUACCUGGUGCAGAACCUGGUGGCCAAACUGGACGAUCUGGACUGUCUGGGCUCUUGUCCUGCACCCUCUAAGCCCGUUAAAGUAGAUGGAAAGUGUGAGCAACACGGAGAAGAGCUGAAAUUGUACUGCCAGACUGAUAAAAGGCCCAUCUGUGUGGUCUGCAGGGAAUCUAGAGCACACAGACACCAUGAGGUAGCACCGGUGCCAGAAGUUGUGAAUGACAUGAAAAUGGAGUUAAAACUGAGGUUAAUGGAGCUCAACUGGCAGAAGUCUCAGUGUGUAAAAGUUAUAACGGCUGAUGAGCGCACCAGAAGUGAAGUGCGGUUGAAGAAACAGAGACUCAAGGAGAAGAUUGAGGCGGAUGUUGGUGCUUUGGUGCAGUUCUUGCUGGAUGAGAGAGACUCCCUGCUCGAGAGCCUGGAUGCUGAGGAGGUGGCCACCAUGGCCGUCAUAGACGAGAACUUAAAGAUCGUGGAGACGGAGGUGUCCGCUGUGGACAAAGCCAUAGCUGACAUCCACAGCCACAUCAGUGGCAAAUCUAGCUUUGAGAGUCUUGCUGAGACAUUCAAUGAAGUCAUUCAUUGCAAGCCUUUCACAUCUCUCGAUACCGUUAAUUGUGCGACUGAAUUCACAGACUUCUCAGGGCCCUUCCAGCUUAUCAUGUGGAAGAAGAUGAUGCACGUGCUGCAUACCAUGCCUCAGAACCUCACCUUAGACCCAGACACAGCUCAUCCAAACCUGCUUAUCUCGGACUUUGACACAAAAGUGGAGGAGGGCCGUGUUCGUAACCAGGAACCAGACCUGCCAGCCCGCUUUAACCGGUUCUGCGGUGUCCUUGCCACAGCCCAGUAUGCCAGUGGCCAGCACUACUGGGAGGUGGAUGUGAGGGACAAAGGUGUGUGGUACCUGGGAGUCACCACUGAGUGCAGCAACAGGAAGGGCUUUGUCAGCCUCACUCCCUCGGCAGGAUACUGGAGCCUGUGCCUACAGGACCGGUUGUAUGCCAACGGUGAGGAUGGGCGGAUCCCUGUCGCUGACUACUGGAACUCUCCUCGGGUCGGUGUGUACCUGGACUACGACAACGGGCGCCUUAGUUUCUAUGAUGCCGUCACAAUGAAGAGACUGUACAUGUUUGACACUUGCUUUGAAGAGCCCGUCUAUCCUUUCUUUAGCCCAGGGAAGAAUGAUCCAGGCAGCAGGCUGCAGAUAUGCCACUAUUACUGAGAAAGCUGCAAAGAGUGUUUCAGUCUACUUCUCUAAGGGCAAACUCAUGUAUGCCAGUGUUUCAGAUUUGCUGUUAGCAAGGUUUUAUCUCACAGCCCAGGCUGAAGUGACAGGGUGAUGUUGAGCCUUGGAGCCAUAUACUGUACGCAUUUGAGCUGUCACUUGUUGGUCUUACUGGUUACACUGAAUAACAAUUACCAGGUGUCUCAUCACACUCUGGUUGUAAUGAAGAGCUCCAUUUCUCCAAUAUUUUGAGGUUGAACAUUUAAAAUUUGGUACCUUUCAACCUAGACACACACUGUAGGCUUUUACCCCUGACUACUGUGGCUGGGGGGAUUGGAGAGGUGCUUCGCGUCUAUAUCACUGUGUCUGCUGGGAUGCAGAUGCAUCAGAUGCUCUUGUUGAUCAGAGCAUAUCCAGUUCUUAUCCUAUUAGCAACCACUAUGCCAUACUAAUGUUCAUUAUUUUUUUUGCCAGACAGGGUCAGUGCUGUUGCCUUGUUGGGUAGAACUUGAAGGAAAUAUGACAUUGUUAUCACAUUGAUAGUUGUUGACCGUAAAGAUUCCCUCAUUAAUUUUAGACUGAAGAACAGUCAGUUCAGUGCUGAUAGUUAUCAAAAGGAACAGACUGAAACUGGCCAGCUUGUGCUGGGAUUUCAGCUCUCAGAUAAUAUAAAACUUCCAGGGUUGUUUGUUUUGUGGACGUAAUCGUCAGUGCAAAUAAUUUUAUCAUUAGCCUUUUAAUAUCACAUUAUGCCCCCUUUUAAAAAAAAAAAAAAAAAAAAUCCAUACAUUAUAAUUUUUGGACAAAUUCUUCUGUAUAUUGCUCUUAGUUGCAUUUUGAAGCUUUUUUUGUGAGCAGUGAGAAUGAAGGCAUGACGUCGUGCCAUUUUGCUUUGUUAGAGGUAUUUUAAAAAUCUGAAAACAUUUUAUCAGUCGUCCUGAAAAUGAGCAGGUAUAAGACAAAGCAUACUGUUUUCAAAUACUCAAAUGGCAAAUUAAUAAGCUUCAGAGAUAUGCCCUCAAAUUUGUGUCACUCAACAAGUGAACCUGUAAUCGCGUUUAUCUUUAGGAGACUUCCAACAACAGCCAUCAGCCAGUUGGACUUGGCUAAAAUGACUGUGGAAUGCGGAUUGACGUUUUAUUACAUCUUCAUGUUGUUUUUCUUUGCUUUUUACUAAAUAUCCCUUCAGCGUUUCCUUAAUUAUAUUCAUUUAACUAAUCCUACUUUAGAUUAUUAAUUGCUAGCUGUUGAGUUGGUCCUGAUGCUGCAAAGUAGUCCUCACAUUUUUAGGUCUGUUGUCCAACUUGGUCCAUUCAGUGUGAUUUCUAUUUUUCAUUUUUGCUGUUGAAGGUGAAAAUACAUGUAUCUGGACAAUUAUAUAUAUUUUUCCUUUCUUCAUAAACAUGGGCAUAUUUU